AUGGCAUUCGUUCCGGUGUCCAAGACGCUGGGCAUCGACAUCGAGUGGAAUAAGCCGAAGAACCUAAGGAACGCCGCCGCAAGGAAGACUUGGCUGAAGAAGGCUCUGGUGGAAGCCAAGCAGAUAAAGCUGGAUCUGGAGAGUGGUCGACUGAAGGCGCAUGAGAUGCCAGGCAGAAUAAUAGAGAACCCAGACCGGAAACUGAUAUCCGAGGUCGAAGCGCACAGAUUUGAGAAGGAGCUGUUAAAACGCGAGAAAUCUCUUCUCACCGAACGCGAUUUCAUCGAUCUCUUCGGUGAACUGGAGCACUGUUUGACGUCUUGGGAUCUCCAAAAAUGCAGGGCGAUUUUCUGUAAGAUGAAAAGGCUGAAAAUUACCAAAAUGAUGCUCCUUCGUAAUCCGGACUGUGUCCACAAGAUGCGAGUGCUUCGAGACUUUGGGGGCGAUGUGAAAGAAUUCAACGAGGACGACAUGAGCAUCCGCCAGAACGCCACUGAGCUGUACGCUAACUUCAAGAAAAUCUUUGGCAAGAACCCGGACACCGAGGACAGCUUUUGGAGUGACUUUUGCGAACAGGCCGAAACCUUCAAAGUCCUUACAAAAGAUAUGCGUAAGAUCUUCCGGACAACCUUGUGUGAUCAGGGAUACAAACGACUGCAGGACACCAAGGCCUCCACUUCCGCCGCAUCGAAAGUAUCUUAG